UCUCCCCCCAGGAUUUACAUCAAGAAGGUAAAGAAGUUCCCUGAACACAGAGUGCCGACAGACCCCAAAAUCGACAAGAAAAUUGUCAGACAAGAACAAGAGAAAGCUUUUUUGAAUCUCAGGAAGAGCCUCUGGGAGGCAGGAGGAGUGUUGAGGUAUUAUGUUCAGCUGCCCACUCAAAAAGCCCACCAGUACCAUGAUUUGGAGACUGCGUACUUCCCUCCGCCCACGACUCAGCUCCCCCUGUCUGCGCCUGAGGAAGAGGAGCUGGAAGAGGAGGAGGAGGUGCCGGGAGAGGACACUAGCUGCGUUCCCUCACGCCUGCACCCACGAGUGGCUGAGAAGAUCUGUGAGCUGGUCUCUCAGGGAUACGACCAGGUCUACAUGGUCAGGAAACAGCUCAGGAAAUUCGUAGAGCAAAAGAUGUUCAAAGCAGACGAGGUUCCUGAAAGACACAACCUGUGCUACUUUCCAACAGUGAAUGACAUUAAGAAUCAUAUCCACGAGGCACAGAAGGCUCUUCACCAGGAAAAUCCUGAUUACAAUCCAGAGGCAGUUGAUACAAGGCUUCAGUGGACUACAGACAGUGGAAACCCAUUAACAGAGACAGUGACAUUGACACUUGCUCCAACAACAAUGGAAGAAGCCCCGGUGGAUUUGAUGAUCUCAAAGGCAGGGAAUCUGGAAGUCAGUGACACUCUGUCUCCUGAGGCAGUUCAGCUUCUCAGCUCCUUCUCCUCCCUACAGCCCAAGAUAUUUGCACAGUUACAGGGAUUCCAUCUGCAGCCCACAUUCAAUCUCCAUGAUGGGUUGCCUGCACUGAUGGCAGUGAAUGCCCAGCCCCUCCCAGCAGUCAGCCAGGCUACAGAGAUCCUGGACUCAGGAAGCCUCUCCACCUCCCACCCUCUGCUCGUGAGUCCCACGCAGUUCCUGCAGCCUAGCGCCUCCCUUUCAGAGAAUGUGAUGGCGCCGCCCACCCUGGUCAAUGUGUCCAUCCCUGACCCCAGCCUCCUGGGCAUGGGCCAGCUGGUGGCAGUGUCUGCUGUAGGGGAGAGCUCCAUGGAGGGGGGUGUGCACCAGAUCCUCCUGGAAGAUGGGCAGACCAUUCCAGUGCACAUUGUGGAUGACCCGGCCAGUAUUGCUCAGACCAACUCAGUCUGCUCGAGCCUGGUAAAAGUGGAAGCUGAUGACAGGAGCAUUUCAGAAGGUGGCAAUGCAAGUGGGCACUGACCAGACAGACCAGAACCCUGCCUU